AUGAAACUGUGGAACAUCUCCUCGUGGAAUGCCAGCGGGCAAAGGACACAUGGUCACUGCUCAAGGAUAUCGGUUACGAUAUUGAGCAAAACCGGCGGAAAGGCAAGGGCCAAGGCCAAGACUCGCUCCUCCCGCGCCGGGCUCCAGUUCCCCGUGGGCCGUGUGCACAGGCUCCUGCGCAAAGGAAACUACGCCGAGCGUGUUGGCGCCGGCGCCGGCGCCCCCGUCUACCUUGCGGCUGUCCUGGAGUAUCUUACAGCUGAGAUUCUCGAGUUGGCCGGCAACGCUGCCCGCGACAACAAGAAGACUCGUAUCAUCCCCCGUCAUCUGCAGCUGGCUGUUCGCAACGACGAGGAGUUGAACAAACUGCUCGGAGGAGUUACCAUCGCCCAGGGUGGUGUGCUGCCCAACAUUCAGGCUGUGCUUCUCCCCAAGAAAACCGAGAAGGCGGUCAAGGCCAAGUAAAUCUCCGCUUUCCGCUUCUUUGUCCAUACCCAAAGGCUCUUUUAAGAGCCACCCAA